AAUAAUAUUAGAUAUUCGUAAAAUAAGGUAUUCUGUUUGCCCAUUUUCAGAUACAAAUAAUACAACUUAGGUAUUUAUGAAAAUAUACAUGGAAAUCUUAAAUUUUCGAAUACCACGUUGUGAUUUAUCUUUUUUCAAAAUAAUAUUAAUUAUGUAUUUGCAUCAAAAAUGUAUCAUUGUAUUAAAUUAUUAAUACGGCAGUGAACUCUAAUUAUACUCCUAAAAACUAGCUUUUUUUGGAAAGUCAAUUUUUUACAAAUCGCAAUUGAAUAAAUGUAAUAAAAUACAAAUUUACAAUUAUGUAAAAAAUAUCCGGUUAUCGUCAUAGAGUAGAAAUUGAUAUAAUUUGCACUUGAUAACUUGUAAAUAUUCUGCGGCUGCAAAGUCUGCGAUAACAGUAUUUUUAAAACGGUCUUUCGUGAUAAACCCUCUGUGACAUAACAUAAAAUAGUAGAUAUAUGUGUACGCUUCAUCUUGUGUAUCCGUGAUUGUCAACGAUCAGACACAAGUUUUUUUUACUCACAAAACCUGUGAAGUAUUACGAACAGUUAAAUGUCUGUGAAGAAGCGUAUCAUGGACUAUGGAAAAUAUUUUACCGAGGCUGCCAAACUGAGGCAACCAAAUUUAAUUAGAACCUUAACGGAAAUUUAUAUGCGAAAUCCCGAAUCAUUGUUCUUUGCUGGUGGUUUGCCCAAUGCGUCACUCUUCCCUUUCAAAGAAAUCACCAUCACGUAUAGCAAUGGAAUGAAAAAAACUCUCGUUGAUAAGGAUUUAACUAGUGCUCUGCAGUAUGGACCGACCCAAGGGCACAUACCCCUAUUGAAAACGAUGACGGAGUUCCAAAAAAAAUACCACUCUCCUAAAUACAAUGACUGGGAUAUACAUAUCGUUGCUGGAUCGAUGGAAGGUUGUAGCAAGAUGUUCUCCAUGUUGAUCGAGCCGGGCGAGUCAGCUAUGGUCCAGUCUCCAACUUACACCGGCGUCCUCAAUUCCAUUCUACCGAUGCAACCUGACUUUAUUCCUUUGGAAAUGGACGAGGAGGGAAUCUUAGCCGAAGAAAUCGAGCGGGUUUGCGAAGAGAAGAUUAAAAACAAGAAGCCGCUGCCCAAGCUACUGUACGUAAAUCCGACCGGGGCCAAUCCAGUUGGUACGGUCUACUCGACCGAACGGAAACGUAAAAUUUACGAACUCGCUUGUCGAUACGACUUUAUCAUCAUCGAAGACGACGCCUAUUUCUUUUUGCACUUCCUCGAAGAGCAGCCAAAGUCGUUCUUCUCGAUGGACGUCCAAGGACGCGUGGUUCGUCUCGACUCCUUCAGCAAAUUCAUGAGCGCUGGCUUGAGGUUGGGCGUCGUGACUGGCCCCAAAGCCUUUAUGGACAAGCUGAACCUACACAAAGCUAGUACUACCUUGCAUCCUGCUUCUUUGUCUCAGGUUCUAGUCUGCGAAGUAUUAGCUAACUGGAGCGAAGACGAACUUAACGCUCAUUUCAAGAAUAUUCAGAAAUUCUAUCGCGAAAAGCGUGACUGCAUGUUGAAAGUCAUUAAAAAGCACUUUACCGGAAUCGCCGAGUGGUCUGAGCCAAAAGGAGGCAUGUUCGUUUGGAUGAAGAUCAAAGGAAUGGACGACAUUUACGAUCUGGUGAUUGAAAAAUGUGCCAAGCAAGGUGUGCUUGUAUUACCAGGUCACGCUUUCUACGCCGACGGAACUGCGCCUUGCUCUUACAUCAGACUGUGCUACAGUCAAGCUAGUGAAGAGGACAUGGAAAAAGGUCUUUCAAAGAUAGCCGCUAUGAUCAGAGAAGAAACAAGUAAAACCCAAUGCAAAAUCAAUGCAGCUUAAUAUGAAAUACGUGAAAAAUAAAACUAUUUUUAAUAUUUCAAAUAUCGUCUAUGGAUUUACAUUGCAAUAAAUUUAAAAA